AUGGGGCUGGAGAAGUUGAUCAUCACGGGCCGGUCUAUAUGCGAGCUUUCACGAUACAUUGACCUCCGGCUGACAUUGGUUGUGUCACAAUCUGUGGGCAAAAAGGAACGUCCGAGUAUCUUUCAGAUUCGUUCAGAUUCGUUCAGAAUGGGUUCGAUUCAGGAAGUUGUCGAUUGUGAUGUCUUGGUGGUGGGAGCCGGGCUCAGUGGGAUCUCCAUGCUGUACAAAUUACGAAAGCAGGGGCUGGUAGCGAAGAUAUUCGAGGCAGGGGACGAUUUCGGCGGGACAUGGCAUUGGGCAAAGUAUCCCGGUGCUCGAGUUGACUCCGAGUUUCCGUUCUACCAGUUGAACAUCCCAGAGGUCUGGAAGACAUGGGGGUUCACACAGAGAUUUCCGCACCAACAGGAACUGCGAGAUUACUUUCGACACGUCGACAAGCAGUGCGACCUACGAAAAGACACAUACUUCAACACUCGAGUGGUUGAGGCUGUCUGGAACGAGGAGAUGGGAAGAUGGACUAUAUACACUGACUCUGGAAGAUGGGCACGGGUAAAGUAUCUAGUCGUGGCUAGCGGGUCACUGGACAAACAGUAUACCCCAGAGAUUCCAGGACUGGCCGACUUCAAAGGGGAGAUGUACCACUCUCGUUCCUGGCCACAAGGCACCAGCCUGGAAGGAAAAAAGGUUGCAGUCGUCGGUGCUGGCGCUACAGGUAUCCAAGUGGUGCAAGAGACGGCGAAACAAGCGAGCGAGCUGACGGUGUUCAUCCGUCGACCCAGUACGUGCCUACCGAUGGGUCAGCGGGACAUCACAGACGAAGAAAGAGCGUCUCAGAUCGGCAAAUACCCAGAUUUGUUCCGUGACUGUCGCUCGUCGUGGUCAGGGUUCCCCUUCAAGCCUGGUCCUAAAGCUGUAGAGGCCACGCCGGAGGAACGAGAAGCUGUGUUCAACGAGACCUGGAGCCGAGGGGGUUUCGCCUUUCUGACUGCGUAUUCUGACCCCCGGACCGACCCUGUGGCCAACAGGAUGGUCUACGACUUCUGGGCGAAGAAAGUCCGCCAGAGGAUCUCGGACCCUGUCAAACGCGAGAUCCUCGCACCCGAGAUUCCCCUGUACUACUUUGGAACAAAACGUAGUCCACUCGAACAAGACUACUACGAGAUGCUGGACAGGGACAAUGUCAAGGUAGUCAGCUUGAGGAGCAAUCCUUUUCAGAAACUACACACGAAAGGUGCUGUGAUGCAAGAUGGGAGCUCCCAUGAAUUUGAUGUACUCAUCAUGGCCACCGGUUUUGAGAGCUUCACGGGAUCCCUUUAUGGCCUCGGCCUCAAGAAUCGCCACGGGAUUGAUAUAAAGGACGUGUGGGCCGAGGAGAUCCACACCUUCCUAGGUCUCCUCGUACGCGAUCUUCCCAAUUGUUUCGUGGUCUUCGGCCCUCAAGCACCAACCACGCUGUACAAUGCCCCCACGACCAUCGAGUGCCAGACUGACAUAGUCACCGAUCUUAUUGUCAAGACGGAGCAACGAGGAGCAAAGUCAAUUGAAACGACAAAGAUCGCCGAACAGGAGUGGGCGCAAUUGUUGGAUUCGCAGUUUAGACAGUCGUUGGUGAAACAUACACCGUCUUGGUGGACUCGAGCCAAUGUUCCCGGGGCAAAGACCCAACCUUUGACAUACCUUGGAGGACUCAUGGAAUACGAGAAGUUAUGCCUCACAGCCAUUGAGAGUGAUACAGGGUUGGUGUACAAAGGGGUUGUCGGGCAUUAA